CUAAAGGAACUCAUCUUGGCCGGCUCCUUCUCUUGCUUCCUUCGUUCCCUCUCUUCGUCGCUCUUUCUCUCUGCCCUCUUUUCGGAGAUUACGCCGGAGAUCAAUUCGACCGCCAUCUCCGAGCGAUCGGAUCGAACGGAGAGAGGCACGCGAUUGCGAUUUCUCAGUAGCUUCUAUGAUGAACUGGAAGUUUCCAAUCUUUGGGGGUGCCCAACAACAGCAGGCUCAGUCAAAUUUUCACAAUAUUCCUACACAAUCUUGGUACCCUCCAUCAGUGGUUAAUUCAUCUUCACUCCCUUCCACACAAAGCAGUUCUUCUGGUGUCGGUACACAUCAAAGAGCUUCAGAUCUCCCUCAGUCACCAUCACAGGGGCAGCCUUCACCUGCUGAGGCAGCAGGAAUAAUUUCUCGCUUGAAGGAUAAAAGUGUUGAUGAGUUGAGAAAGCUUCUAACUGACAAGGAGGCAUACAAUGCUUUCUUUAAUUCGCUCGACCAAGUGAAAAUUCAGAAUAAUCUUCGGGAUGAACUUCGCAAGGAAACAUCGCAACUCGCGAGGGAGAAUUUGGAGAAGGAACCUAGAAUUUUAGAGCUUAGGAAUCAGUGUACUAUCAUUCGGACAACUGAAUUAGCUGCUGCUCAAGAGAAGCUAGCCGGAUUGGAGAGGCAGAAGGAAGAAACUCUGAAGUUGUAUUCUCCAGCUUCGCUUCUUCGGAAGCUUCAUGAGGCAAUGAUUAAAGUGGACGAGGAAUCUGAAAUACUGCAUAGGCAGCUCCUCGGCAAGGAGAUUGACCUUCAGACAUUUAUACAGAAGUAUAAGAAACUUCGCAAUAUUUACCACAGAUGGGCACUUCUCCAUCUUGCUGCCAAGACUUCGGGUGUUCAUUACUAGUUCGUGCGGUGUCCUGCGUGAUGGGACACGAUAGAAUGAUAACUUUUGUUGUAAUAUUAUCCAUGCAAUACACUUGUGCUGCUUUUUGUGCAAGUCCAUUUUUUGCUUGAUGAUACGGCAUGAUAGAGAAAGAAGGAAGCAUCAUCCGGGAGUGCAGGAGACCAAUGCAAAAUCGCAUUCAUGGGUGGCUUGGCAUGCUUCGCCUAUUCUAAGCCUGACGCGCUGCAGGUGAAUGGUAACUGUUGAAAAAACUCCCAUCUUUAUUGGCAUAUCCUCAUGCCAUCAUCUCUUUUUAGGGCAGGAUUUUUGGCUGUGUGAGUUGUGUCGCUCAAGCAAGGCCACAAAUAUUAGAUUCUGGCUAGCGUCUUUUGUCAGGUCGGGAAUUUGGCAAGCCGGCGAUGAGAGAGCGAUUGCUGUGCAGCGGGCUGCAUGGCGAAGAAAAGGAGCACUGGGGUUUUUGGAUUAUCCUCCAUUUCAUCUUGGAACCGGUUUCCUCAUCAGAGUGCGCCGGGGUCGUCGUGUCUUGUAGCUAGCUAGAGCUGUUGGGCCGGACGAGGUGUCUGUUUGCUUCUGAGUGGGAGCUGGUAGCCAUGUGGAGCCAUGCCACUGCCGGUCCAGGGGGGGCUCUCAAGCAGGUAUUGGCUGCUACUCGGGAUGCAAUGGAGACCGCAGAUCCAUUUCUCUAACAUCUUCUCUUAGGCCAACUGCAGGACGGAUUCAUCUUUUGCACCAUAGAGAGCUUUGCAUGCUUGAAUUGCCGUCUCGAAAACAAAAGGGUCGCAUGCUCUCUCUAUCCUGCAUGUUUAGCAACUAUAUCUAAUGUUCUCGCUCUUUGAGAUGAGGAGUUUUCUGUCUUCGAGAUGGAUAGUGUGGUGGCGGACUGACGAUGCCCUCCUCAAUGACCCCUCCACUCUCAGCAGUUGAAACAGAUAGCAUUCCAUUGUGUGCUCGGCUGAAUUGUGAUGGCGGGGUGAGACUGCUUGAGCUGAUAUUUUGCAGGCGUUGGAAGUGGUUGACCUAUCGUAGAAGAACUGGGGGUAGGGUUUAUGCUCGUUUGGUAACCUCUGGAACGCCGCAUUAUCAUGUGUCCAUUGCAAUGUAAGUCAUCAAAGGACUGACUAGUUGAAAAGAUUUUUGUGCUGAAA